UCCCUCUGACUAGUCACUCAUACAUAGGUACCUUAUUCUACAAACUCAUCCACUCACUCACUCACUUCUCACGCUCACACUCACUUUACUCAUUAUUUCCUCGCUCUACCGACUCUCUCGCUCUCUUGCACAGCAACUUGUCGACUGAUUCCAUCACAUCAGGCAGCAGCUCCUCCUCUCCCCGUCUCUCAGGCACCCACUCGUCACUAUUUCUAGCCUAUCUACCGUAUAAACAGCAUCCAACCGCCCCUCCUCCCACCGUCUUUCCCCGUCUUUUCUUAUCUUAGUAGCCUGGAUUGAUCACAGCCAAGAGGGUCCCGCGAACGACGUACUUGUGACAUUCGAUUCUCUCCGACGUACCCGCCAUCUCUAAAAAGCGUCAUCCAACGGAGGAGCUUCAUCAAGGCUCAGAAGAAUCAGAAAACAGAAGAAGAAGAAAAACAGGCCUAAAGAAAAGAGGGAGGAAACGGGGAAAGAAAAAAAAAGGGCACAAGAGGCAUCGCUAUUGGGACAUUCGCAGCAAUGGGCCUGGCGUAUAACACCUAUCUGACCAGCAACAAGAUCUACGGGUGCAAGACGUGCAAGGCGCAUCUUGCCAACCACGAGGACAUUAUUUCCCGGAACUUCCGCGGCCAGCACGGCAAGGCCUACCUCUUCCACCGCGUCGUCAACAUCGACACCGGCGACCCCAAUGAGCGCAACAUGACGACGGGCCGCCACAUUGUCCGCGACAUCACGUGCCACCAGUGCAAGGAGACGGUCGGCUGGAAGUACGACAAGGCCUUUGAGGCGUCUGAGAAGUACAAGGAGGGCAAGUUUAUCCUCGAGGCCGAGCUGCUGUGCAACGUUGCUUGA